UUAAUCUUUCUCCCUCCCGAUAUUGGAGGGGAGGGUGGUUACAACCUGUGUAGUACUGAAAAAGAACUUGGAUAGUUGGAAAGAAAGCAAAAGAAAACAUCAUGGAAAAGGAGAGUACUGGGAUUAUAUCCGAUGCAACGCCUGAAUAUUGCAGAAGGGAGCCUCUACUGCCGCCGGAAGCCGAGACGGCCAAAGCGUCGUCGUGGAGACUCAAUGUCAACGAGUUCCGUCUGCUCCAGCAAAGCGCAGAUGAUAAUCGUGAUGACGAUCACGCUCCCUCCACUUUCCGCCGCCUCCUUCGCUCUACCAGGAAACCAACCAAGGUUACAGAAUAUUAUAGGAAACAGAAAAAGCUCAUUGAAGGGUUUAAUGAGAUGGAGGCCAUGGAUGAAGCAGGUGGUUUUCCUGGAAGUCUCACAGAGGAUGAAAUGAAGCAGCUUGCCAGGAGCGAGAGGAUGGCAGUUCAUGCAUCGAACAUAGCUAACUUGGUGCUUUUUGGAGCAAAGGUUUUCGCUUCUAUUGAGAGCAGAUCAUUAGCAGUUAUUGCCUCAACCAUGGAUUCCCUCUUGGAUCUCUUGUCAGGGUUUAUUUUAUGGUUCACGUCAAAUGCAAUGAGGUACCCCAACCAGUAUAACUAUCCAAUUGGAAAGAAGCGGAUGCAACCAGUGGGCAUCAUUGUUUUUGCAUCAGUAAUGGCAACUCUCGGAUUACAAAUAUUGCUCGAGUCUGCUCGACAACUCAUGGAUAAGUCCCACACUAAAAUGGAUUCUGAAGAGGAGAAAUGGGUAAUUGGGAUUAUGGUUUCUGUCACAGUAGUGAAGUUUGUGCUCAUGGUUUACUGUCGAAGGUUUACAAACGAAAUUGUUAGAGCAUAUGCACAAGAUCAUUUUUUUGACGUUAUUACAAAUUCAAUUGGUUUAGCAGCAGCUGUCCUAGCUGUCAGAUAUUACUGGUGGAUUGAUCCUACUGGAGCUAUUAUAAUAGCCUUAUAUACAAUUAAUACAUGGGCAAAGACAGUCAUUGAGAAUGUACGAUCCCUAAUUGGAAGAACAGCACCACCCGAGUUCUUGGCGAAGCUAACAUAUCUGAUAUGGAACCACCACGAAGAGAUCAAGAACAUUGACACAGUUAGAGCAUACACCUUCGGUUCUCAUUACUUUGUGGAGGUUGACAUAGUCUUGCCAGAAGACAUGUAUCUGCACAAAGCACAUAAUAUUGGUGAGACACUUCAAGAGAAGCUUGAGCAACUCCCUGAAGUUGAACGAGCUUUCGUGCAUAUAGAUUUUGAGUUUACUCACAGGCCUGAACACAAGGCCAAGGUAUGAGGACAAUGAUGAUGGUUCUAGCAAUGACCAGAGUUCAGCUUUACACGGCAUCAAGGCCUUAAAAAAUGUUUUGUUGACAUGUUAUGCUCUGUUUGUUUAUAGUGCCAGACAAAAUAUUUUAUUCAAUUACCUUCUGAUGUAUGAAAGCUGUAGAAGUAUUUACUUAUA